AAUAUCUUAUCAAAAAUGAAUCUGAUAUUGAUACUCUUAUCUUUUAUUUACAAGAAAAAUUCCAAAUGUCGAAAGAAAAAUUGGAACAAUGGCGAACCAAGAUUGCCUUUGAAUUGCAGGAUAAUCAAAAUUACUGGAAAAAAGAGCGCGAGAGCAUGGAUGAGGUCGCUUUCUUGAAAUAUAAACGAAAUUUCGAGGCUAAAAUGAAAGUUCCUACUACUCCGCACAAAAAAGAGCUGAAAA